AUGGAAGAUUUGUGCCCCAAUGCCGUCGGAAAGAGUUCGUGGCCCGAGCUGUUGCACGUGCAGGGACACGUUGCGGCGGCCGUUAUAGCACGAGAAAACCCGAAAGUCAGUGUGGCAAUAGUGAAGGAAGGAUCGAUUGUGACCAUGGACAUUCGAUGUGAUCGGGUUCGGGUUUGGGUUGAUAAGCAUGGGAUAGUGAAUUCGGUUCCCCAUAUUGGUUAA